AUGUUCAUCAGCUUGGCACAUGUCACGCUUCAGCCGCUUCGCAUGCUUGGUAUACAACCAUCUUUGUCCAAUGUCAUGCCUCCCCAUGUACAGUCCAAUCAUGGAAAUAUCGAUCAUUUCCAAAAGUAG